CUCAAUGCGACCCCAUAAAUCAUCUUGUCUGCGUCCAAAUUUCAGGACUCCCAAUUAAGAAAUGCACUUGUGCUGAUGGAUACGUUGGGAAUCCUAACGGACCCCCACCAUGCAUAGAGGAAGCAAUGACCACUUCAAAUUCAUCCACAACGUUACACACCACCACAUCGGCGACACCAACCACAACAGUGUCCACUUCCGCGUCGACGGCCCCAAGUACUACUGCAUCAACAACCGCAUUGACCAUGCCAACCCUACCCCAUCCACUCCUGAGCCCACUACAUCCAGCAUCCCAUCCACAUCUGAAGCCACUACAUUGGCCACUCUAUCAACAUCUGAAUCAGCUACAUCGAUCACCCCACCCACUCCUGAACCCACUACAUCCAGCAUCCCAUCCACAUCUGAAGCCACUACAUCGGUCACUCUAUCAACAUCUGAAUCAGCUACAUCGAUCACCCCACCUACUCCUGAGCCCACUACAUCCAGCAUCCCAUUCACAUCUGAAGCCACUACAUCGGUCACUCUAUCAACAUCUGAACCCACUACAUCCAGCAUCCCAUCCACAUCUGAAACCACUACAUCGGUCACUCUAUCAACAUCUGAACCCACUACAUCCAGCAUCCCAUCCACAUCUGAAGCCACUACAUCGAUCACCCCACCUACUCCUGAGCCCACUACAUCCAGCAUCCCAUUCACAUCUGAAGCCACUACAUCGGUCACUCUAUCAACAUCUGAAGCCACUACAUCGGUCACUCUAUCAACAUCUGAAUCAGCUACAUCGGCCACCCCACCCACUCCUGAGUCAACUACAUCCAGCAUCCCAUCCACAUCUGAAGCCACUACAUCGGCCACCCUAUCCCCAUCUAAACCCGCUACAUCGUCGAUUCCGUCUACCACGGAAUCGACACUCCCAGUCAUUGAAUCUGCACGUACAUCAAGCACAGCUUCAUCAACUGCGUCGAAUCUGCUUUUUCCGGCCGGAAACAAAGAUCCAUGCUUCAAGAGAGAUGAGGAGUUCCCUUGUGGAAGGGCCACACUGGAAUGGUACGAUUCACGACAUUGA